ACCAAAACCAAAACCACCCAUCAUUCCUCAUCAUCACCUUUUUCAGUCUCUCAGCUAUAAAAAAGCAUUCUACAAUCUCUCCAUACUCAUUCAAACUAGAGAGAGAGAGAGAGAGAGAGAUGGGUUCCAGAUUGCAAAGGAGAAUGGCACUUCGCAGAAAGCUUCACAUUUUGAGAACUCUAACCAAAUCCAAAUCAGUGAAAAAGAGGUGGAUUAUCAGGGACGCUUUUGUUUACAUGUACAAGUUGAAACUCCAAGUAGAAGCCAUGAAACGGGAGUAUGAAUGCCUGCAGGUGAAUGAGAUUGAAGAAGUGAAAGUGGAGGAGGUUGGUAAUGAUAUGGAUGGAAAGAGGGGAUUGUUGAUGGUACGAGUUGGGUGGAAGGGUAAAGGUGAAGAGGUGCUGGUGUCGAUGCUGGAGGCGUUUGAGAGAAUGAAUGUGAAUGUAGUGGAAGCCAGGGUUACCUCCAACCAUUUCUUUGGGAUGGAAGCCAUUGUCCAACCUCCUCCUGCUGCUACUGCACCAAUCUUGAAUCAAGCUAUUCUCAACCUCCUCCAAACCCAAAAUCAAAAUUAUUAGCUAGCUACCCCCACCCCCACCCCCACCCCCGCCUUUAUUAAUUAAUCAACACUAUGCAUGUACCUGGUAGUUACUAUUGUGUCUGUGUCUCAUCAUCAUCCCACUGUCACAUAGAAGCUUGUGAAAGCUCACUUUCAGUUUUGAAGUGGAAACAUGUGAGAAAGUGUGAA